AUGACUCUAGCUGCUUCCAACGGCACUAACAGUGAUCAAAGUAUGAAAUCCAUAGAAGAACAAGAUCAUCUCUCUCGAAGUACUAAGAAACUAAAAGCUCAUGGGGGUGAUGAAGAUGACAACAUGGCCGAGUCUUCAUUAGCUAUUGAAGGACCAACGGAUUUCUUGAAUAAUUUUGACACUAACUCAGGGGCUCCAAAUCUAUCGAAGCCUCAAGCCCUGAAAUCUUUCAAGGAGGCACUUACUAACAGAAGCUACAAUGAGCAAGCAUUUGAUGAUGAUCUUAAUCGUUUAUCCACGGAUGAAGACGAGUCGGAGACAGAGGCUAUGGAAGAGGAACUAUGUGAUGAUGAGCCAGAUCUGGGGAUUCCUCAAAUCAAACUUCCCAAAAACCUUCUGAGUAAGAUUAGGAGGCCUUGGAAAGAUUGUUUCAUUGUGAAACCGCUUGGGAAAAGUAUAGGUUACAAACUGCUUACUUUGAAAGUUAGGAAAAUUUGGGACCUCCAGGGAGAUUUUGAAGCAAUUGAUUUGGGAUUAGGGUUCUUUCUCUUCAAAUUCCAAAUGAAUGAUGAUUAUACGAAAGUCUUAUCAGGGGGGCCAUGGAUUAUUUUGGACCACUACCUCACUGUACGAAAAUGGUGCCAUGAUUUCAAGCCAUCUCAUGUGAGAGAAGUCACCACUGCUAUUUGGGUCAGAUUUCCUCAACUACCCAUAGAAUAUUACAUUGAGAAGGUGCUUUACCACAUUGCCAAAUCCAUUAGCAAGCCCCUGAAAAUUGACAUCAACACAGCAACGUCAACGAGAGGAAAAUUUGAUAAGGUUUGCAUAGAAGUUAAUCUGAGCCAACCUUUAACAACUUAUUUUGCUAUAGGUAAGUACACUUACGGGAUUGAAUAUGAACACCUCCAUUUCUUUUGUUUUAAUUGCGGACAUGUGGGUCAUCGGAGGGAUCGUUGCAGCGCUGCUCCGGUGAAUCCUUCCGGCGACAUCGUUCCAGAGAAGGAGUCUGUUCAAAAUUUGACCGUUGGGAAUGAGAAGGAGAGUAGGCCCAGUUGUAGUGAGAGUGGUAAGGCCCACUCAAAUGACCCACGAUCGGAUCAACCUUCAGAAGGCUUUGGCCCAUGGAUGUUGGUUAGUAGGAGAAGCCUAAAACAUAGCUAUGCCAACAAAAAAGAGGCCCGAUCAAGAUCUAGAGAAAAAGCCCAUGGCAAGGGGCCUAGUAAGCAGACUUAA